AUUCAUUUCAUUUCAUUUGGCUGGCCGAAUAUUUCUUAUCGGUUUGGAUGACUUACGUGAAUAGGGAAACUUUGAAAGAACAGUUGAAGCAACUUGGUGACUGCACAAAAGAGGAAAGGAUUGAAAUAUGUGAUUCCAUUUACAAAAGUCUUGUUUCUAUAAGCAAACAGGCGGCUUUAGAACAGGACUGCCAAAAACUCGAAGAGGAUUUUCACCUUGUUCUCGAUGUUUGUUGCCGAUUCCUUCUAGGUGAAAGUAACAGAGCCUCAUUUGAUCAACUUAUUCGUCGUUCAUGGGGUAAUUUGGUUAGCUGUAUUGUUCAGGAGUCGUUUUGUUUUUCAGAAAAGAGUGGGCUGCACCCUGUCAAGGUUUGGAAGGCUCUUGACAAGAUUUUGAACAAGUUGGGGAAGAAGCUUGUUUCCGGAUUCAACGCCCAAAAGAGCUUCGAAACAAGAGAAUUUAUUUUGACAUAUUGGUUUCUGUAUCGUUUAUUUGCCAGCGUUUCUAAAGCAAAAUGUUUUUCUACAGAGACUUUGAGUAUCGUGAACAAAGUGUUCCUUCUGUUAUCCUUCAAUAGAUCCGUGUUACGUAAAAUUUACUUGCCAGCGCAAGUCGAAAGGAAACGUUCAGUGGUCUUUCGUCGUUUUCAUUUAUCCAAACUUACUCCGUUGAACGCUUCAAUUAUCCAAGGACUAUGGGUUUGUAUAAGCUUUUUAAUGGGUUACGGUGAAAAAGUCCAAGAUACUGAAAACAAAGUUGAUUGGUUACCAGAAAAUGUAGCAGAUAGGAAAUUGGUUGCUUUGGAUGCCAUCUUGUUAUAUAAGCAAUGCAUAAAAGAAGAGUCAGAAGAGAGGAUGUCUACGAUGUGUAGCUAUAUUGUAGAAAUAUUUUGCAAAUAUCCCAAUAUUUUUGGAGUUCAGCUGAUGAAGCGUUGUUCUCCUUUAUUCGAACUUUGUAAAGAAGAUAUUUUGAUUUGCAACAUAAUACCAUUCCUGGAUACUUGGAUGAUGAGAGAAAAGGAAACAGCAAUAACUGAAAUACCGAGACUGCUGUCAUUAUUUCAUACAACACAAUGCGAAGUAAUAAUAGAUCAUAUUUGGUCGAAAUUUUACUUACAAAAUAUUGAUUCUGAUAAAAAUACUAUACGAUCAAGUAUUGUCGACAUAUGUCAAAUAUUGGUCCAAAGAUGUAAGCGAAGAGCUUGUAUGGAGUCAAUAUUGGAUAGUUUGUGGAAGCGCUGGAAUUCCACAGACAGUGCUUCCUAUUCGAGACAAAGUAAAUGUACGGUAUUGCAAUGCCUUCAAGUGCUGUCCGGUUAUGAUGAAUGUUCCGAAGAUCAAAGUUGGAUGAACACAAUAUUUUCACAUUUAUUUGAGUCCUUAAAAGGCUCCAGAUAUGGAAACCCUCAAGUAAUAAGUGGCAUAUAUGACUGUUUGUCUAGUUGGCUUUAUAGGCAUAGAAUUUCGGAAGAGCAGGGGAAAUCUCUUAUUCAAUGGAUCCUAGACACUUGGGACUCCAAACACAAGGAAGAUCAAAUAGAAUGGACUUCUCUUUUGUCGAUGUUAUUUUAUGGGUUUCUGAGUCCUAAAAGCAAGAAUUGGAAUAUCGUUUCUUCUGAUAUUCUUCAAGCUUUAGGUUUCAAACUUUGCCAACGAAAAAAAGGAGCUUUCCCUCUGAAGCACGAUAACUUAUUAUGUUGCCUAGUCCUAAUGGGUAUAUGGUUUGCUUUGAAGCAACAGUCUGAAGAGAACAACAAUCAGAUGCUUGAUAAUAUAGAAAAAUGGAUAUUGAGUUGUUAUGGCUCAGCUCUAGCUGUAGUUUCCUGGGAACGUUAUUCAGAACAGUUGUUAGGUAUCAUGAGUGAACUUUGUAAUUAUGCUUUGAUAGACUUUUCAUUGUGGGCGUCUCUACCCCAAAAUGUGUGUGAUUUGAUAUUGCGAUGUUUGUCUAGAUUAAUAUUGGAUCCUUCAACUAACUAUACUUUACAAAAAGAUUCUAUUCGAGUUGUGCAAAGAGUAGUAGAAAUGUCGAAAGAAGUGCGUUAUCAUCAAGGAUUCCAGAUCAUUCUUCAUCGAUUGUUUUGGUGCUGUAUGGAAUAUGAGCUGAAUAGUCAUUAUAAUCAUAUAGAUGGUACUUUUCUUUAUUGGUAUCCUAGUCAGGCUUGGCAGUCGGAAGCAGAAAGAAAGGCAGUCGAAACUCUGAUAACCAACACGUUUCAUAGUGUUUGUGAAUGCUUAAUGGAAGCCGUUCCAGUUUCCUCGUUUUUUCUAUUUGUUAGCACUCAGACUGCAAUUACCAGGGCUUCAAAGUGGUGGUAUCGUAUUCAUCGACAUUGUAAAAGCACUUUUCCUCCAGACAUUGUACAAGGAAUCGAUUUCAAGAGAGUUACGGUUGAAGAAUUGAAGGGUAAACAAGGCAUCGCUAAUGAACAGCGUAUGAUUGGCCAUUGUGGAGCUUACGCACUAGCUAGCUUUACUUUGUUUCUUCCACGUGAUGUUGUCCAUAGUUGGAUUUGGGAAAGUCUAUUUGAAAUGUGUUUUUCUAGUUUGCGAUUUUGUUCAACUAUAGACUAUCAGGUAUUCGUUGAAUGCCUACCUAUUCUUUCACAUAGUUCGGAUGAAAUUCGUGAGUUACAGAGCGAAUUAGAAAGUUUGCGACAGCAGUUAUCUUCAGAUAAGAAGGCUUCUAUAGAAAGAAAAAAAUCACAAGUUGCCUCCCGAAAUAAACAACAAGUGCAAGCAGAAUUAGACAAACAAAAAACUAUCAUGGAGAAACGAAUGGAAGAAAUAGAGGAGAGAUUGAGUCGUGUGCAGCUUGCAAAGAAGACCGAAAAAUUUCUCAAACAAGCAGAAACUGCACUUUCUUAUAUCGUUGGUCUCAAUCCAUACUUGGACUGUCUUAAAGACCAGCUGAAGGAACAUAUAAGUAAUGUCAUGGACUGGAUUCCCAUUUUGAUUCAAUAUGGUGUGCUUAGAAAUCUGGUAUUAUCUACGGUAAUGAUUUGUUGCAAAGUUUGUGGAAAUUCAAUAGCCAAAAGAGCGAACCACAUUGCACGUGCUUUUGAAGAAUGUGUUUGGAAACGCAACAAAUUCGAGUGGCUUGAUGCCUUUUCAUCUGAACAAUUAUCACUGGAAUCUUUUUGUAUUUUCUAUCCUCUGUUUGAAGCAACUUUGGAAGCUCAUUCGAAUGAACGUAAUCUCAUUCGAAAUGUUUUGGAAAUAUUACAACUGCAUCUCCAAACGAAUCCAAGUAUUGCAUUAUAUUGUUCUAACAAGAAUAAGUUUGCAAAGUUGUUGUAUACCAUUUUGGAAAGAGAAGACAGUAACUUUAAUAUUGCGUCAUCCUGCCUUGGAGAGUGGAGUGAGAAAGGUUUGCAAGAGUUGGGUGAAAACAUCGUACCUCUGAUAUCAGGAUUGUUGUCAGGAAAGAGUUCGGUACGAGGAGCAGCAUUGGAUGCCAUUGCUAGAUUGCCAAUUUUGACCAUGUAUGCACAACAGCCUAGUGUAGCAAAUGAUACUCAAGAUGUCUUAUUAUGUCGUUUCUUAUGGCUGUCUUGUCACGAUCCAGAAGAGGAAAAUGCACUAGUUGCUCAACAUUUGUUUCAUUUGUAUAAUGGAAAGACAUUUUUAGAAGACUAUGUUGCAGAAUAUAUUAAAUUGUUGUCUCAUGCUGAACAAGAUAUACGUUCAGCAGCAGCUCAUGCCAUGGCGCACUUAUUACAGAAUAAUAAUGACUUGGAAGAGGAAUUUCUCAAGAUACAGUGGAAUAAGAAGAAGAGUCAGUUUCUGGCUCAGUUAUUUUCUUUGUAUGUUGAGAACUUGGAACCGAAAGAGGCAGAAAAGAACCCUCCUUCAGAAGAGCAGCCAAGAGAUAGUUAUUGGAAAGUAAGAGAUGGAGUUGCCAGAGUUUUUGAAGCAAUGGGUCAACGUUCCGUUUUAGAGACAAAAGAACUUGCUAUCAUUUUUACGUUCUUUAUUGCUCGAGGUUUUGGAGAUAUCCAUGAUCAGGUUCGAACUCGAAAUGUCUCCGCAGCAGUAGCCCUCAUAAACUCUCAAGGUGCUAGCUGUGUCUCUAGUUUACUUUCACUUGUUGAAAAGCAACUAAGCAAAGAUAUUGAUGCUGCAAAUCAACCAAACGAUAGGGUUCAGUUGCAUGUGCAAGAUUUGACAAAAGAAGGUCUUGUUGUGUCACUUGGAACUUUGGCACAACAUUUGUCGGAUAAUGAUCCUAGAAUAGAAACAAGCAUGGAGUGGUUAAUGAAGUUAUGUUUAGAGACACCGUCAGAGCCUGUUCAAAUGAGAGUCAGAGACUGUCUUAGUUCCUUAGCCUUAAAGGCGAGAACAAAGUCGUUAGAAUUGGGUACAAGGCUCUUCAAGGAACUUGUUGAAAACAAUAGUUACGGUGCAAGACGUGGAGCAGCUUAUGCAUUGACUGGUUUGCUGAAAGGAAUCGGACUUGGCUCAUUAUCUGAAAUGGGUAUUUUAGACAGUCUAUUUUGUCGCCUCGACCAACAAAAGUUUGACCUUAAGGCAAAGCAAGGAAGACUAUUUCUUCUAGAAGUUUUGUCCAAGUCAUUUAAAGGAGUUAUGGAUCCUUACGUGAUGGAAACCUUGCCUUUUCUUUUGUCUUGUUCCGGUGACACUUCAACGGAAGUAAGAGAGGCAUGUUUCACAACUGCUAAAGCAUUGAUGUCCAGUAUAUCUGGUAUAUGUGUACGUAUUGUACUGCCAUCCCUGUUAAAAGGACUGGAAGAUCGUUCAUGGAGAGUAAAGGUUGCAAGUUGUGAAAUGCUCGGUACAAUGGCAUACUGCGCCCCUAGACAAUUGGCAGAAUGCCUUCCUCAAAUUGUACCAAAACUAUCAGAUGCCUUGAUUGAUUCGCAUCCUAAAGUUGUGGAGACUGCAGAAGCUUCCUUAUAUCGUAUUGCAUCGGUUACCAAAAACCCUGAAGUUAGAGACCUAUCAUCAUUUAUUAUGGAAGCUUUAAAGAAUCCUGCGACGAAGACAAAUGCUGCUUUAGAUGCUAUGAUGGCAACCGAAUUUACUCAUGUAGUAGAUGCUGCUUCUAUUUCGUUGCUCAUUCCUGUUUUACAUCGAGGACUUCGAGAGCGUAGUACGGAAGUAAAGAAGAAGGCAGCUCUUAUUUUAGGUUCCAUGUGUUCACAAAUUGCUUCACCAAAAGAUAUGGAACCCUAUUUGGAUUUGUUGUUGCCAAGUAUCCUCUCUGUUCUUUUAGACCCGAUUCCUGACGCUCGAGCUGCGGCUGCUCGUGCUUUGGGAUAUUUUGCUCGAGGUGUCGGAACUGCAAAUGUUGGUGGUCUAUCCGAAAAGCUUGUAGAGAUGUCACAAAAUGGAAAGUCUUCUGCAGAGAGACUGGGUGCUGCUAUGGGUUUAGCUGAAAUAUCAACAGCUGCCAAUUCAGAGGAACUAGAGUGGAUUGUGAGGGAAUCUCUAAAGCCUUACAAAGUCUAUUUGGAACUCCAAGAGAUGAAGAAAAAGAGAAGUGGAAUUACAGUAUCACAAAGAGAAGGAACAUUUUUAGUGUUGGCAACUUUGGCUUUGACUUUAGUGAAGUCCUUUGAAAAAUAUAUUCCAGUAAUACUUCCUGUAGUAUUGGAAGGUUUUGGAGAUGAGUCGGAUACUGUUCGAGAAGCAGCACUCAAUGCUGGUCAUUAUCUCGUUUCUGUGUUUUCUACAUCCUCUUUUGAAAUGCUGAUUCCUUUGUUGAUUGGAGGUUUGAAGCAUAAAAACUGGCGAAGGCGACAAGCAUCUGCUCAGUUAUUGGGCGCCUUAUUAUUCAGUAUUUUAGGAUAUGAGAAUACACAAAAGUCACAAAUAAUGGGAUCAUUUGGCUCCCAAAAUAAUGAAAAUGAGCCUUCAGAAGACGAAGAAGAGGAAUUGAUUCUGAAUGAGGAACGAAAGACUCGAACACUGCAAGAAAAGGCGGAUAUUGCCAGUUUUAUGACUUCUGAACGUGAAAAGCAGCAAAUAGAAAAGCUAGACAGUGUUCUUGGAAUUCAAAGAAGACGAAAAAUAUUUACACUAUUGUUCAUUGCUAAUCGAGGUGAUGUAAAUGGUAAAGUACGUAGUUCUGCUAGUGCAGUUUGGAAGGCAUUGGUUUCCAAUACUCCAAAAAAUAUCCGAGAAUUAUUACCUCUGAUUAUCGAAGAGUUGGUGGAAGAACUUUCUGUGGAUGCUGAGGAUCUCCAUGAACGUGCCUGCGACACGCUGACAGAUUUGAUACAAAGGCUAGGCAAUUUAUUGAUGCCAGAGUUGCUUCCCUUGUUGGAGAAGAAUUUCUCUGUUCCCUCAGUAGUAACACGACAUUCUGUGAGUGAUGGUCUAUUGCACAUUGUGGAGAGUUGUUCUAAACAACUACUCCUCAACAAUACAGAACCCUUGUUGAAGCUGACCUUGUGCAUUCUUAAAGAUGGAGAGAAUAACAUACGUAGAAAUGGUGCAGCAACUUUUGUACAUUUAUACAAAGCAACUGGAGAUGCGUCGUUGGAGGCUAUUUACCCACAGCUGUUACAGUUGAUGCAAGAUUCAGCUACUCAAGAGUUAGGUUUCAAUGCCUUUGAAAAUCUGCUUGAGGUUGGGGGCACACGUUUAGUACAAUGGAUAGUCGGAAACAUGAUUGAUUCGUCGUAUUUGGUUACUGGAGGAAUGGCUCAAGUCUUCGCCUGUGCUGUUCGACAUUCUCAAGGUUGCAUUGCGACGAUUUCUAUAACAAAAGUUGCUGAUAAGUUGAUACACAUUUGUGAAGAAUCAGAAGUUUCCCGAGAGCAACAAGACUGUGUAAUUGAAUUGGAGUCUGCACUAUUGUGUAUCAUAGAAGCGAUGAAUUGUUCAUCUUCUUAUAUUUCAACAUUGGGUAACAGAUGGCGUUUCAUUUUGGAAAAGGAUCCCACGAAGAAGGCUGUUUGCUUGUAUUUAAUGGGUCUAUUAGGCACCGUAAUAUUACCAGUGGAGGAUUGGCAAGAUGCCUUGUUCUCUAGCAUGCUAACUACAGUGAUACAGCACUUGGAUAGUAGAGACGAUCGCAUUCUACAAAUUUGUAUUCGUGCUCUUGAUCAAAUGCUCAAGUUAGAUAGUCGGGAUAGAAAGCAACAGCUCAUUCGUUUUCUCAGCACUAUACGUAAGGCCUUUACGCCAGUUACUGUUCGUUCGUUGGACAAGCACACUAGUUUACGAGGAAUUUCGUCUCCAUUUUCUCCUGCUGCAUUGAUGAAUUUAUGUAUGGAAGGCCUAGUGAAUGGAGAUAUUUCUAUUAAACACGAAGCUACAAGGACUAUCCAGUUGAUAGUCAAAUAUUCCGACUCCAAAGCGUUAUCUCCUCUUAUCAUUAAAGUUGUCGGUGCUUUGAUACGAUUAUCAUCAGAACGUCAUGCUGCAGCUAUCAAAGCAUCGAUCAUGAGGUCAUUUUAUGAAAUUCUCGAAAAGAGAUGUAUGGAAGUCAAAGUGUUCGUACCACAGUUACAAAGUGUCUUGACAAAGUCCUUGGCAGAUACACAAAACAACGCUACCAGACACUUUGCAGCGAAGAGCUUAGGAUGGUUAGUGAGGACAUUUUCGUCCGUCAGAUGGGAUGUAUUAUGGGGCGAACUGUUUCAUCUUUUAGAAAAUGAUGUGUCAUUAGAUAUUCGCCUUUCUGGAUUAUACGCCAUUCAGAAUGUUUUCAGUCAAGGUCCUAACGAAAAAUUCGCUUCAUGGAAUCUAAUUGAAUCUAACUUGUUACCCUAUCUAAGUAGCUCUAGCGAAAAGCAAUUCAUUUUGAGAUUAAGUAUGGUAUUGGGUAUUUGGGCGCAGUCCAUAUAUGAAAGAGACCCAGUGUUGGUCUUUAAACUAUUGGCUUCAUUAUUGUCAUCCAUCCAAGGCAACAUGUUGCCUUUGUGCGCUGGACUCGCCAUAUCGGAAGUUUUCAAAGGAAUACUCAAGACACAGAGCGUUGUUGGAAACUCACAUCAAAGGGACCUGCCAAAGAUAUCGCAUGACUCGACACUAUCGCAGCUAUUCCAGUAUCUCAUUCAAGGUUGUGAAAACGAAUCACAGUCUCAGCGAGUACUUUGCAGUCGCAUUGGUAUCCUUUAUUUAGAUUUCUUGCAUCAUUUACAAGUUCAGGGAUGUGAAACAUUGGAACUUGAGAUGAAACUCUGGCAAGUUAUAGCAAAACUUCAGAGAGAUAGUUCAGAACAGGUUCGAAGCGAGGUUAUCACAGCUAUUCGUUGGAUUAGCAACAAGUCGUUAUUGGAAAGGAUGAUUCCUUGGGUAAUUCAAACCAUGAAACGUAGCUCGUUGUCCAAUGAGUUAUAUGCAGGUGAACAAACUCUUCGAAAAUUAUACCAUGAAGGAAUUCUUUCAACGCUUUCUCUAAGUGAAGAAGAAAAAGCUUGGAUGGGAAAUAAUGAAGCACGUUUACAACUGGCAGUACAGGGAGAUGAGAAUAGCAGUGAAGAAGAAUUCGAGUUUGGAAAAGAAUAAUAUUAUACUUUGUCAACUCUCAAGGCAGUUUCAAUCCCUUGCUUCAUUGAUAAAAAUAACUGUGCCAUCCUCUAUCCCAUAGUAUGAGAGAGAACAAGCGUCAUCAUCCAAGUAAAAUUUCAUGAUGCUAUCGUCUUCUUCUGAGCUCUUGCGUCUAAAAUAAAGCACAAUUUGAUCGA